AUGGCGACGCCCAACGACGCCAAGAACUACGUCAACGAGGCGGGUCAGAUCGAGUGGGGUGCCAUCCCGCUCAACGCUGCCCUCGACAAGCUCAAGGCGACCCGCGAGGGUCUCUCGUCCGCCGAGGCCGAGAAGCGCCUCAUCGAGCAUGGCCCCAACGCGUUGCCCAAAAACGAGGUCAACCGCCUCAUGGUCUUCCUCGGCUUCAUGUGGAACCCGCUCUCGUGGGCCAUGGAGGUCGCCGCCGUCCUCUCCAUUGUCCUCCUCGACUACCCGGAUUUUGGCCUGAUUCUCGCGCUUCUGCUCUUGAACGCUUGCAUCGGCUACUUUGAGGAGAUGCAGGCCGGCGACGCUGUCGCUGCGCUCAUGGGCCAGCUCGCGCCCGAAUGCAAGGUCUUCCGCGACGGUGCCAUGAUCAACCUCCCCGCCGACCAGCUCGUGCCCGGCGAUGUCAUCCGCAUUCGUCUCGGUGAUGUGCUCCCGGCCGAUGUCAAGUUCCUUGAAGGUGACUCUGUCAAGAUCGAUCAGUCGUCGCUUACGGGCGAGUCGCUCCCGGUCACCAAGUGCGAAGGCGAUGAAGGUUAUUCGGGCUCGGUCUGCAAGCAGGGUGAAAUCGAAGCUGUUGUCACAAGCACGGGUAUCCACACGUUCCUCGGGCGCGCGGCUGAGCAGAUUGCCGGUGUCGAGUCGCAGGGCCGUCUCCAGGAAGUGCUCACGACGGUCGGCAACUUUUGCAUGGUCUCGAUCAUCGUCUGGUGCAUCAUCGAGCUCGUCGUGCAGAUGGGUGCCCGCAAGGACGAGAACCCGUGCUUGAUCAUUACGGACGGUUGCCUCGGUGUCGCCAACAUCCUCGUCUUGAUCGUCGGUGGUAUCCCGGUGGCCAUGCCCACGGUCUUGUCGGUCACGCUCGCCAUUGGUUCGUCGGCCCUCGCCAAGGAGAACGCCAUCGUCACGCGCCUUACCUCGAUCGAAGAGAUGGCGUCGAUGGAAGUGCUCUGCUCGGACAAGACGGGCACGCUCACGCUCAACAAGCUCUCGGUGGACCUCGACAACUUGAUCCCGUACAACGGCUACUCGACGGACGACAUCCUCCUCUACGGUGCUCUCUCGGCCCGUAUCGAGAACAACGAGGCCAUCGACGUCGUCUGCCACAACACGUACCCUGGUAACGACACGAUGUGGCAGAAGUACACGCUCCUCCACUACACGCCUUUUGACCCGACGACGAAGCGCACGAUUGCCAAGGUCAAGGACAACGCGACGGGCAAGAUCUUCCGUGCUUGCAAGGGUGCGCCGCAGAUCUGCUUGGACAUGGAUGACAACGCCGAGUCGCUCCGCGCUGAAGUGGAAGGCCGCAUCAACGAGUACGCCUCGCGCGGCUACCGUGGCCUCGGUGUGUCGUACUCUGAGGGCGAUGUGCCGAUGGAGGAAGCGUCGUGGAAGCUCGUGGGUAUCCUCCCGCUCUUUGACCCGCCGCGCCACGAUACCGCCGACACGGUGAAGCGUGCCAUCGAGAUGGGUGUCGCCGUCAAGAUGGUCACGGGUGAUCACCGCGUCAUUGCCAUCGAGACGUGCCGCCAGCUCGGAAUGCCCACCAACAUUUUGGACACGUCGUUCUUCAACCAGGCGCCGCCGCCGGGUGUGAACCUCGCGCAGAUGGUGUACGAGACGGACGGCUUUGCCCAGGUCUUCCCGGAACACAAGUUUGAGAUUGUGCGCCAGCUCCAGUCGCUCGACAAGGCCAACAUUGGUAUUGCCGUCGACGAUGCGACGGACGCCGCCCGUGCUGCUGCCGACAUUGUGCUCGUGUCGCCCGGUCUCUCGGUCAUCAUCACGGCCAUCCGCAUGUCGCGCGAGAUCUUCUUGCGCAUGAAGAACUACGCCAUGUACUCGAUCGCGAUGACGGUCCGUAUCGUCUUGACGUUUGGCUUGCUCACGGUGUGCUGGAACUGGUACUUCCCCACGAUCCUCGUCGUCGUCUUGGCCAUCUUGAACGACGGCACGAUCUUGACGAUCUCCAAGGACAAUGUGACGGCGUCGCGCACGCCCGACUCGUGGAAGCUCAAGCAGGUGUUCGUCUCGUCGAUCUGCUUUGGCAUCUGGCUCACGAUCUCGACGGUCGUCUUGGUCGGUGUCGCGUACAACACGUCGGCGUUCGAGGGCUUUAUUGACUCGGAGAACCUCUGCGUGAGCUGCCUCAAGGACUCGUGCAACGCGUACUUUACGGAGAAGAUCCAGACGUGCACCAAGAACAACGACCCUGCUGCCUGCGGUGAGCUCGACGGCUCGGUGUACAAGCCGUCGCUCAACGAGGCGAACCUCGGACUCCUCCGCACCAACCGCAAGGCCUUCAUCGACGGCUACAAGGCGAAGUACGACGCCGAAUCCAAGAACUCGGACUGGGUCAAGCUCUUCGAGAACCUCAAGGGCAGCCACAUCCACGACCUCGACGAAGAGCCGUCGGCCCUCCAGGUGUACGAUCAGUUUGUCAAGCAGUACACGGCCCAUCCCGAUGCAGUCAAGGACGCGGAAGAUGGUGUCGGUGUCGCGUUCAUUGGCCGCGGCUACCUUCCGUUGACCAACGGCGUGAGCUUUUGCGACUUUGUGUGGGACUACUCCAACUUCAACACCAAGUACACCAAGGGCAACAAGGCGAUCGGGCCCGGCAUGCAGAAGAAGGACGGCAUCCUCCGCUCGCUCGUCUACACGCAGGUGUCGAUCUCGGGCCAGGCGCUCAUCUUCGUCACGCGCACGGCCGGUAUCAACACGUGGUUCUUUGCCGAGAAGCCGUGCAACCUCCUCCUCAUCGCGUUCGUGUUUGCCCAGGUCGUGGCUUCGGUCAUCGGCUACUACGGCUUCAACGGAUACCCGUCGGACCGUAUCGCUGUCUUUGGCUGCGGCGGUGGCUACCUCGUGAUCGCGUGGUUGUGGUCGAUCGUGUGGCACUUCCCGCUCGACUUGAUCAAGUUUGCGGUCAACUACGUCCUCAACGCCAACACGUACUCGUCGACGGCCUUUGACUCGCGCAUCAACGCCGGCCACCCGUCCAUGUCGCACGCGCGUGUGACGCAGCAUGCCCGCUCGGUCCGCGCCUCGCGCACGGUCGCGUAA